AAAACGAUUCGCUGUGGUUUGUUAGAAGCACAAAACAACACACAGCCAAAUGAAUAGGUCUCAGUAGGGCAACCUGGCAUAAAUGUCGUUUACGCGACAAAUAUUUGCAACAAAGUUGCACGAAAAGUAAUUGAUACAAUUCCCCCAUUUUCGUCAAAUUGGUGGGGUUCGUUUUGCAAGGCCCAGUGCUCAAGGUUGGUGGAGACUCCUCUUAAGAAUCAAUGGAAUAAUCUAAAAUAACCAACUCCGCGCAUACGGGGCACCGGGCCAUGCAAAACGAAGACGACCACUGUGGCGGACUGCAGACAGCUGUACAAAAAAAGAAAAUCUUCCACUCUUAAGUAUUUUGACUUGUUAUUAUAGACCACACGCCUAGACUAUUUGAAAGAUUGGACAUCGGUUGAAACCAUGUAUCUAGGUAUGUUUCAAAGAAGGACACUUUUGUUAAGUUGACAGCUAGUUGCCAAAAUAUGAUGGCAAAGGUUAGUAAGUGCGCAACCAACUGAAGCUCCGCCUUCGAGUUUGGAUUUUUGUUUACCACCCACCAAAGCAAAGUGAAGCAGUUGGUGUUCAUAAACAAGUCUGUAUCAAAACAAUUACAGAUCAGUUAUAGUUUCGAGCUAGCCAUCGGCCACCGCCCGUUAAAUAUACACUUGUCAGACUGCAAUAAGAGGGCCAAGGGAGACAAAACAUAUACACAAUGAUUGGAAAGAUAUUUGCCCAUUUCCUUGGUAGCACAGAUGAUGAUUUUUCCACAGAUGACAAUGAAACCUAUGAGGAGCUCAUUGAGUUUGAGGAGGGAGGAUGGGUCAUUAUCAACAUUCAUGAGAACAACUCCUUGACCCCGCCUGAAGAAGACCCUUUGGAGAACCUGCUGAUUGAGCAUCCCAGUAUGUCUGUAUACCAGAUCAGACACCAGACCAGUGAUGAGGAAGACUCAGAUGAAGAGGAUGCUUCUCCCAGGCCUGUGCCAGUCAAACAGCACGUGUCCUGGAGGUUAGCUGCCUGGGGCAGCCCGCUUCCAUGCAACGUCCAACUGCUUGCCAUACAGCGAGCCAGGACUCACAUGGAGUGCAAGGAGCUGACCAGGAGUGCUCUCCAGAGACAGAACCGUGCCAAGAUGCGAUUCUCCCCCUCUGACAGACGCUUUGGUCACUUCAAACAACCCUGCCAGCGCCUGUACAACUACUGAGUGUCUACUGAGUAGCCACACGGUACUCUACUGAGUAACGUCACUGUCUGAAGCCACUUAACAUACAGACCGUAGACAUAUUACCGGUGUCAAUUUCUUUACCCUGAUCAAGGAAACCCCCCCUUUGCUGAGUAUGUUAUUAACAUGCUGAGCCCAGUUUGAGAGUGAAAUAGCCUUGAGUAGAUGUGUGUGCGCAUGUGAAAAGUAUUAUAACUGGCUUGUUACUGUUAAGUCUUAUGGCUCUAAUAAACUUUUAUUUAGUGUAUGAAAUGCAAAAGGUUUAUAGCACUUGCAAAUGUGAAUUUUAUUGGAUAUGGUAUACUUUUUGCUAUUAUUUUUUGUGCCUUAGAUUUAGAUACGUUGUGGGUAUAUUGCUUGAAGGAAAAGUUGUUAAGUUUCAUAGCUAUGAAAAGCUAUUUUGUAUAUGAUAUGUUACGAUAGAAAACAUUGGACCUCGGAACAAAUACAAUAUAUGGAAGGAUUAGCAAAUAAUGAUGGACACUGUUUCUAAUGUAUGUUUUGUACUGAGUGAUUCACUUUGUUUUCAUACAUUUAUUCCCAGUGUGCUCUUAUGUUUGCUGUACUGCUACAAGACCUGUUUGUAAAUAUAUUCAGAUUUUUUUUUGCUAUUUUGGUGUAUAUUUAAAUGUAAAAAAUUGUUAAACAAGUCUGUUUUGUUUGGGUAUUAUUUGUGUUUUAUUAAAUAGCAUGAGGGACUUCAGUAAUUACAUGUAUUAUUACCACCAAAUGUAUUUCAUUAGUCUGCAUUAAAUUAUUUUAGUAGCCCAUUUAGUGGAUUUCAUUUUCGAAGAAAACGCACCUUCCCCAUGAACUUCUUAACGCUUUCUGGAUCAACAGCAUUUGCUCAAACGCUUCCCCUCUUGAAAUGAGAGCCAAUUGUCAUUGCAAUAGAAUCAAGGUAUUGUUCCAAGUUGUCAUGGGUUACUCCUGAGCCAAUAAGAACUAGGAGUCUUACAGACUCUGCAACAUCUGCAAAUAGAAAAUAAAAGGUUGUUGAGUAAA